UCUUCAAGUGUUUCUCCAAAUAUAACUGUAUCAGAUAGUUUAAGCGUGGCACAUUCCAUAAGUGCAUAUGAAGGUGGCGAAAGUGGCGACGGAAGCGGUGAUGAUACCGACGACGAUUAUAAAAUGUCGCAAAGCAAAACUUCGGGGUUUAUCAGCUCAAGCGUGUCAUUGUCAACUAGUGAAUAUGUCAGUUUCUUAAUGGCCUCCAGUGUAAGGUUUUCACCAUCAGCAGGGGUACUUGUCACUGUAUCGUCUUCCAUUAGUCUUACCACGCCAUCAUCAACUAGGACGUCUUCCACUGUGUUACCUUCGUACAUUUGGGGAGAAAGUGAUGACGAUGAUGAUAAUGCUGAUUAUAGUGGUGAGGAUAGUGGUGAUGAAAGCGCUGACGGUGGAAAAGGCAAACGUGGAAAGAAAAGUGGUGAUGGCAGUGGUGGUAAAAGUGGCGAUGGCAGUGGUGAUAAGAGUGGUGAUGGCAGUGGUGAUAAGAGUGGUGAUGGCAGUGGUGGUAAAAGUGGUGAUGAAAGUGGUGACGGCAGUGGUGAUGGCAGUGGUAGUGGCAGUGGUGGUAAAAGUGGCGAUGGCAGUGGUGGUAAAAGUGGCGAUGGCGGUGGUGAUGAAAGUGGUGACGGCAGUGGUGGUAAAAGUGGUGAUUGCAGUGGUGACGAUAGCGGUGACGAAAGUGGUGAUGACAAUAAUGAUGACACACCACCGACCAAGAGUUUGUCGGUGUCAGUUAGUUCUACUGUUUCAAGUUCAACAAGUCAAUCUGUUAGUGCCUCACAAUCAGCCAGCUUCAGCGCAUCAACUUCCUCAAGUGUGUCUGUAAGUGUGUCACCGUCGACUAGUCCCAGCGUUUCGCCUUCUGCCAGUCAAUCUACAAGUAUCUUCCAGUCCAUUAGCGUGAGCAUUUCACCUUCAAUAAGUGUGUCUCCUAGUAUCUCGGACUCUGUGAGCAUCAGCCUUUCGCCUUCAACAGGUGUGUCUCCUAGUGUCUCCGACUCUGUUAGCAUCACCGUUUCGCCUUCAACAAGUGUGUCUCCUAUUGUCUCGGACUCUUUCAGCAUUAGCGUUUCACCCUCAACAAGUGUGUCUCCUAGUGUCUCGGACUCUGUGAGCAUCACCGUUUCGCCUUCAACAAGUGUGUCUCCUAGUGUCUCGGACUCUGUGAGUAUCAGCCUUUCAUCUUCAACCAGUGUGUCUCCUAGUGUCUCAAACUCUCUGAGCAUCAGCAUUUCCCCUUCACCAAGUGUGUCUCCUAGUGUCUCGGCCUCUGUGAGCAUCAGCCUUUCACCCUCAACAAGAGUGUCUCCUAGUAUCUCUGACUCUGUUAGCAUCAGCGUGUCAUCUUCAACAAGUGUGUCUCCUAGUAUCUCGGACUCUGUGAGCAUCACCAUUUCGCCUUCCACAAGUGUGUCUCCUAGUGUCUCGGACUCUGUGAGUAUCAGCCUUUCAUCUUCAACCAGUGUGUCUCCUAGUGUCUCAAACUCUCUGAGCAUCAGCAUUUCCCCUUCACCAAGUGUGUCUCCUAGUGUCUCGGCCUCUGUGAGCAUCAGCCUUUCACCCUCAACAAGAGUGUCUCCUAGUAUCUCUGACUCUGUUAGCAUCAGCGUGUCAUCUUCAACAAGUGUGUCUCCUAGUAUCUCGGACUCUGUGAGCAUCACCAUUUCGCCUUCCACAAGUGUGUCUCCUAGUGUCUCGGACUCUGUGAGUAUCAGCCUUUCAUCUUCAACCAGUGUGUCUCCUAGUGUCUCAAACUCUCUGAGCAUCAGCAUUUCCCCUUCACCAAGUGUGUCUCCUAGUGUCUCGGCCUCUGUGAGCAUCAGCCUUUCACCCUCAACAAGAGUGUCUCCUAGUAUCUCUGACUCUGUUAGCAUCAGCGUGUCAUCUUCAACAAGUGUGUCUCCUAGUAUCUCGGACUCUGUGAGCAUCACCAUUUCGCCUUCCACAAGUGUGUCUCCUAGUGUCUCGGACUCUGUGAGUAUCAGCCUUUCAUCUUCAACCAGUGUGUCUCCUAGUGUCUCAAACUCUCUGAGCAUCAGCAUUUCCCCUUCACCAAGUGUGUCUCCUAGUGUCUCGGCCUCUGUGAGCAUCAGCCUUUCACCCUCAACAAGAGUGUCUCCUAGUAUCUCUGACUCUGUUAGCAUCAGCGUGUCAUCUUCAACAAGUGUGUCUCCUAGUAUCUCGGACUCUGUGAGCAUCAGCGUUUCACCCUCAGCAAGCGUGUCUCCUAGUGUCUCGGACUCUGUGAGCAUCACCGUUUCGCCUUCAACAAGUGUGUCUCCUAGUGUCUCGGACUCUCUGAGCAUCAGCGUUUCACCUUCAACAAGUGUGUCUCCUAGUGUUUCGGACUCUUUGAGCAUCAGCGUUUCACUUACAACAAGUGUGUCUCCUAGUGUCUCGAACUCUGUCAGCCUUAGUAUUUCACCUUCAACAAGCUUGUCUAUUAGUUCCUCGGAAUCUGUAAGCAUCAGCUUUUCACCUUCAACAAGUGUGUCGCCUAGUAUCUCGGACUCUGUGAGCAUCAGCUUUUCACCUGCAACAAGCUUGUCUGGUAGUGUCUCGGACUCUGUGAGCAUCAGCGUUUCACCUUCGACAAUUUUGUCUCCUAGUGUUUCGGAUUCUGUGAGCAUUAGCGUUUCACCUUCAACAAGUGCAUCUCCUAGUGUUUCGGACUCUGUCAGCAUUAGUGUUUCACCUUCAACAAGCUUGUCUAUUAGCGUCUCCGAAUCUGCAAGCAUCAGCUUUUCACCUUCAACAAGUUUGUCCCCUAGUGUCUCGGACUCUGUUAGCAUUAGCGUCUCACCUUCAACAAGUGCAUCUCCUAGUGUUUCGGACUCUGUCAGCAUUAGUGUUUCACCUUCAACAAGCUUGUCUAUUAGUGUCUCGGACUCUGUGAACAUCAGCGUUUCCCUUUCAACAAGUUUGUCUCCUAGUGUCUCGGAUUCUGUCAGCAUCAGUACUUCACCUUCAGUAAGUGUUUCCCAUAGUAUCCCCCACUCUGUCAGCAUUAGCCUGUCAGCUUCAAGUCUUUCAGCAAGUCUGUCGCUGUCAUUCAGUAACAGCGUUUCAUCAUCAAUAAGUUACUCUGCAAGCGCCUCACAGUCAGUCAGACGCAGUGGCUCAUUUUCCACAAGUGUGACCCUGAGUGUCUCAGCUUCGGUAAGUGUUUCACAAUCUACAAGCCAAUCCAUUAGCGUCAGCGUUACACCUUCAAGAAGUGUUUCUCUUAGUAACUCAGGGUCUUUCAGUUUGAUUGUCUUACAGUCUGGAAGUCAAUCUCCAAGUGUUUCUCCUUCGUCCACUGUGUCUUUAGGUGUCUCGAACUCUUUUAGCCUCAGCGUGUCAGCUUCACCAAGUGUCUCAAGAGGUUCCUCAUUCUCUAUUAGUGUGAGCGACUCACCAUCUACACGUGUGGCCGCAAGUGUCUUAGCGUCUAUCAUUGGUGACGGAAGUGGUGACGAUAGUGGUGAUGGCAGCGGUGAUGAUAGUGGUGAUGGCAGUGGUGAUGACAGUGGUGAUGGCAGCGCUGAUGGUCGUGGCGAUGGCAACACUGAUGGCAGUGGUUAUGAUAGCGGUGAUGGCAGUGGUAAUGAUAGUGGUGAUGGCAGCGGUAGUGAUAGUGGUGAUGGAAGUGGUAAUGAUAGCGGUGAUGGCAGCGGUGAUGAUAGCGGUGAUGGCAGCGGUGAUGAUAGUGGUGAUGGAAGUGGUAAUAUUAGCGGUAAUGGCAGCGGUGAUGAUAGCGGUGAUGGAAGCGGUAAUGAUGGCGGUGAUGGAAGUGGUAAUGAUGGCGGUGAUGGAAGUGGUAAUGAUGGCGGUGAUGAUAGCGGUGAUGGCAGCGGUAAUGAUAGUGGUGAUGGAAGUGGUGAUGAUAGGGAUGAUGAUAGCGGUGAUGAUGAUACGGGUAAUGAGUCCACCAGUGGUAGUAUCUCAGCACCCACAAUUAUUUCUUCAAAUACCGGUAUGCCACUGUUUGUGCGUCCGACUGUUUCACGAAACUCGAGCGAAUCUACAAUCCAUUUGCCGUCGAUAACAGCCAGUGCCUUAUCAAGGGUGUCUUCCAGCGUCUUGCCAACUCCCAGUUUGAGUAUUCCACCGUUUUCAAGGUCAUUCGAGGGUACCUCCAAGCUUACGCCUGUAAGGCUUACACAAUUUAAAACAAGCGCACCAGCCACCAUUUCACCGUCUGUUGAUUCAAACUUUCGAGAGUAUACCACUGCAUCUCUACGCUUAUUGCAGCCCGGUCAUUCCAGCCUUUCAAAAUCGAGAGUCUCAGCUACUUUCAGCGCAAGUGUUAUACAUCCAGUAACAGGUAGAACAUUCUUUAUUCUUUGGCUAGAUUUCAUUUCUUUUACUCCACUUGUCAACCGUGCCGUAUUGUUUUGUCAGAUAGUUUCUUUGCAUCAAUCAGUAUUGAGAGGUAGUUACUCAAUUAUCACACAUCGCUAUUUUUGUUGACCUUUCAGCGAAGAUAUAAACGUAGAAUUUAAAAACCAUAAUUUGAAUCUACAUAAAACUGCACCAACGUGCAGAAAAGUGUUUGGUAACGCGUUACAGUCCAUAGAUUUAAUCAUAGCAUGAAUAGUGAUAAUUUAACCUAGUAGCGAGCAGGAAAUUUAAUUUAGUUAAUGAUAAUAAAAUUACUUCCUUUUUUCUUUUCUUUCCCAUUUUUUUACUUGAAGAAACUCCAUUUGACGACAAUCUUUAUCCUUAUGGAAAGGGGCAGAAUGAUGACGAAUUGAGUACCGAAUCAUCUUGCAGUAUCGACAACCGCUGUCACAGGAUAAGUGCAGGUCGUUUUGGAUUUCCAUUCUUCCAGGCGAGGCAUUUCAAGUUACAUGUAAGUAUCAAUGUGCAGCCUUCAUUUGCCGUCUUCGAGAACAGAAAAGUUAUAGUCCAGUUUGGCAUUUGUUUUAAAUUACUCAAUUUCAUGGUGGAUUCCGUCUUGCAAGACUGAGGAGAAGAUCAGGGAACGUUUAUUGUUUUUUCGUUAUGGGUUAUUUCCAUCCUUCAAUCGUUGAAACACAUUUUGUUUAAGGUCCAUUGGUGACUUCUAAGAAUAAAACUUUCCUAUAAAGGCAGAUUGUUGCGAUAUACCCGAUGGCUCCAAGUUUCGAAACGAGUACCGGUUCUAAGUACUAGGCUUCUACAAUUUCUUAAUUGGUUUUGGAUGGUCUUACAUCCAGGGAAGUUUAUACGUAACAUAAUAUUUAAAAAAUAUAUUUUAGAAACAAGCUGAUAACGACAGGUACUUUUUUAUAUUCCGAAAAGCGCACAGUUAUAUUUUUUUUACACACAGGCCUAUAUUGUCUGGGAGGACGAAGGCUUAAAUAGUUUCUCUGUUUGGAAAUAGACGAGCUUAUGGCUGGGUUAUUUCAGUAAAAAUUCAAAAAGUUCUUAUUCUAUCGUAGAUAUGCAUAAAUGGCAAAAUACAACUGAACGAUAGAUGGAGUGUGCGCUGGCCUCAGAAGUUUGGUCCUUUCCGAUGGUUGAGCGGUAAAGCGAUUAUCGCACCAUUCUGGGCCAGGGUUGAUGAGGAUCUUGCCUUUAAAAAUGGAAAUUCAAAGGUUUAUUAUCAAGCGUACGAACAGAGCAGUCAAGGUCAUCCUCGAAAAGAAAUGAUCCUCAGUUUGGCUUCCCAGCAUGUUCAACGUUACACCACCGAAGAAAAAUUUAAGAACUUUACAGCUACAUGGGUUCUUGUUGUUACUUGGGUCAACCUCUGUCCUUACGUUAGUUGUACAGAGCUGUUGUGUCCCUGGGUAAGCCUAUAAUUCUGUUUUAUUUUUUUACCUUUUGAAAAUGGUAUUUCUGGCAGAAAAGCAUUGCAGAACAGGCAGAAAUAGCUAUUUUCCUAUUUUUUGGUCUCCGGUAUCUACUCUCUUGUGUGUGUCUUUCUGACUGGUGUCGGAAAUAUUUGGAUUUAGAAAAUAAGGCGCACAUACAACUGGUUUGUUGUAAUAUGAGCCGAGUUUUUACCACGGUCAUGGGGGAUUUUCUUCUUUGUUUCUGCGGGCUGAUUUUGAACAGUCGUUUCGUUGCCUACAAUGCUGUUCAUCUGGAAGCAUAACCUUGAUUGGAAGUUCGUGGUCUAUGGUUUUUUUUGCCUUUUAUUAUGAUUCUUACAGGUUUAUUAUACUAAUCUGUAAAUAAAUAAAUAAAUACAUUGAAUCCCAUUUGGCCCAAAAGUGUUACAUUAGUAAAGAAAUUUGACCUCACGUUUAUUGCUAUUAAUAAAUGUUAUUUUGAUAGGUGAUUAUUAACUUUUCGAAAAGUAAGAGGAUCGAAGUUAACAUAGCCUGCGCGCAGACGAAAUUAUACUCUGGUUAACUCCGUCUACGAAACAGCGCCGAAAUCCUUGUUCUGGACUUCCAGCUGUGUACCCAGAUUUGACUACGCGCGACGAUUGGCCAGUUAAAAAAGGCCUUCGUUUUGUUUGUCGUGAUCGCCAAUCAGGUUGAAGGGAAAUUCGAAACGCACUUCCGGUAAUUCGUUGAGUCCGUUGGGGGUUCAGAACAAGGAUCUCUGCGCUGCUUCGCAGACGGUACUAAUCAGAGUUUAGUUAUCGUCUGCACGCAGGCUAAGUUAACAGAGCUUUAAAAGAAAUGGAACUGAAAACCUAGCUGGACUAAAGACAACACAUUAGCCAGUCAAUCUUAACACUUGCUAGUUUUACAGGUCUACCUUUAAAUGCAACAGCAAGUUCUGGAAUCUGAUUGAACUCUUUUUUUAACAGACUAACACUUUUCAAGCGGUCAUCAUCACCAACUGGUUUAAUACCUUCUUAAUGUACAACUAUCCCUCUGGAGGAAUCCAGUGGACGGUUCCAGCUCCGCCGUAAGUGUUUUUUGAAACAAUUUUUGCAAGGAUAACAUUUUGGGAAGGAAAUCCGUCAUUUAGCGGCGAUUUCAUUUUAAUCCUAAACGAAGGCUUUUUCAUCUCUCUUCGCUUUUCGCUUUUUCAAAGGCAUCGAUGAAUGCUUUGUAACGGAUAAAACUAUUCUGUGUUUCAAAAUAGUAUUGUAACGAUUUGAAUUUCACAUACUAACAUUUUCAUCAGAGCCUUGCUCUUUUUAUUAUUUCCAUGAGAUGGUAGUGGAACACUAAGGAUACUCUAUAGAUGAUACUCUUUUGACAUCAUUUUACCAAUUCUUGGAUUGUUGCACGUAUUUUCUGCAGAUCCGAAUAUGAUUACUGGACAGGCGCGUAUGGUCUCCCAGUAGCAGGCUGGAUCGCAAGAGACAGCGAGAAGCUGAACAUGGAAGGGUAAGAUUCAAAUCUUGUGAUCAUUUCCAUUCACAAGAAUAUUAUAUAUUGAGAUAUGAGUAUUAACAAGCACUGUUACUGUUGUUUAAUACAGCUCAGGUACUGUGCUUGGAAUGUACAACCUCGACAAAAGGAAAGGAAACACGGAUUUGUUUGGAAGACAUUUUUGGAGAAUAGAGAAUAGAGAACAAAAGGAUGAAACUGAAAAGUGCUUUAGUUGGGUUUCUCUCCAACAUGACAUGGACGUUAGAUUCUGGUAUAAUGGAGCCAUUGAUGCAGAUCAGCGUAUGGCGUGUCCCUGUACCCUAUUUCAAGCAUUUCUGGACAGGGGACGAUUCGUUCGGGACUGGAACUAUCCUUGGCCGAAUGUGUGCUUUAGGUCCAGAAUCUCUAAAUACUUCCCUUAUGACGAUGGCGACCUUGACGAUUUAGUUGGCCUUAGGACGAGCAAGCUGUGUUGCUACUCUGCGAUGAGGGACGACUUUGGCUCUCUUAAAAUUGGACCUCCAGACGGAAGCAGGGUCAUAGCUGAUCCAAUUUAUCUGUAUUACAAUGGGAGCAAUGACUAUAGAGCAUUUUAUGCUGACAGUCAAGCUUAUAAAUUUUGCUGCGUUGACACAAAGUUUUGUGAUCUGUUUUACCUUUAUCGACCAACCGAUGACUGCAGUUUUUAUAGAUCGCCACAGAGACGUAAGAGACUGUUCUUGUUUUUUAUUGUUUAACACAAGAAGGAUCACCGGGCUAGACUAGAUUUAGUUUUUAUGUGAUUGCUAAAUGAGCAUUAAAUCAUUCAGCACAUUUAUAUUAAAAAUCUAAUAUACUUGUAACUAUUUCUCCCGCAGUUGUGGUCUUUGGUCAUUGAAUUGACGAGUGGUCAUUGAACUACUCGUGUGGUUAUCGAAGCCUGUGGUGUGUUUAUUGGGCUAUUGUUUGGUUAUUGAACUACUGUUGGUAAACAUGGCUUUCUUGGCAAAUGUACCUUUUUAGGUUACUCAUUUCAGAUUUCAAGACAUGAGCUUUUCCCCCUUUUAUAUUCAUAACUUCGUUGUGCAGAAUUUUCAAUAGUGUUUUAAUAACCGAAACAAAAUAAAACCGGUAACAGCAAGUAUACAACGAUUUUUUUCAAUUAUUGAUCGUACAAUUGCUUUAAAAGUUUAUCUUUGAAUUUUAAUUGUGUUGUAGGUUGGUUUUGGGGUGAUCCUCAUUUUAGAACUUUGGACGGUCGGAAUUACACCUUCAAUGGCCUUGGUGAAUAUGUGAUGAUCGAUGCACAAAGUGGAACAUUUCAACUACAAGCCAGGACAGGCCUUGCACAAGGAAAUUCAACAACUGCAACAAUUUUUAGUGCUGCAGCGGCUAAAGAAAAAGAAACUUGGACCGUUGAAGUUAAAGUAAAGAGAGGAGGUAACAACUUAGUUUGGACUGGUAAAAUAGGCAGAACCGUUUAGCCUAAGAAAAUAGCCAACAUUUCGCGACACCACAUUGUUUUUUCUCCACGAAAGGGUGUCUGACGAAUGAAUGCAGAAAUUCCAUACUGUUGAGGUUCACUACCCAGGUUUGGGUAGUGAUUCUGAUUGGUUGAAGCAAAUUUCCUUCAAGGCACGAUCAAUCAGAAACACUACCCAGAUCUAGGUAGUGACACGUCAUCAGUAUGGAAUUUUUGCAAUCGUCCUUCGGUCGUUAUUUCGAGGGAAACCAGUGGUGGGGUCACGAAAUGUCUUCUCUUUUCUCAGAUUAGAAACAGGUAGACAAUAUUGUCUUGACAACUUGUAUAACACCACAUUGUGUCAAGUAACGAACAAACAAAUUAUUAAAUUUACCAGAAUCAAGGUCAAAUUUCUUUUUUGUCCACGAUGACGCAAAGGGCAACAAGACAACAAUCACUCUACCAUCCAUGCUGGCAAAAUCUACGUAUAUGAAAUGUGAACAACUUGACAGCAAUUGAAGGAACAGUGUUUUAGACCCAUCUCUUUCCUUGUGAACCAUUCUCCUCGAAGUGGUGUUAAUUGCUUGCCAAACACUGAAUGAUUCACUUACACAGUUUUUAUCUUCAGGUGGGAUGAAUAUACGUUUUGGACAAAAAAUGUACAACAACUACGAAAGCCUGACAGACCAAACUGUAGACGUUGGUGGAAACAUCUCUGUCUCCAAACCGGAGGAAAACUGUAUGGAAGUUUAUUUCCCUUCAACUACUUCCGUGUUGUUCUGUGAAAAAAAGGGAAUGCUGUCCAUAGUCGUAACACUCACGAACGAUUACAAAAAUGCUACCAAAGGGCUGUUGGGAACUUGGAACGAAAACCCCGAUGACGACUACACAUUACCUGAUGGGACAACAUUGUCUCCCACUUUAUCCUCAAGAGAGAUUCACUUUGGAUUUGGCCUUAAGUGUAAGUAUUGUGUAAAGAAAUGCAGUGUUUAUCAUAAGUCGUCUUACGUUGUUCAACUGAAAUUUGGACUCUACUACUAGGCAAUUCAUUUACAUGUAGCACUGAGGUUGUCUGUGAUAUCAGGAAAUUGUUGUCGUUAAGAGGUGUGUUCUCUUAGGUUCGCUGGCGUGCUGGUUUUCUCUUCCUGGUUUCUCCUUAGCGCAGACAUUCCCCCCUCCGAAAUCGUACCUUCAGUAUCUUUGUCGGGUUUUUUGAAGAAACAAACUUUUGUUUGCUGAAAUUAACCAAUUAGUUAAGAUGGCAAAAAUGCAUCAUCAUGUACCUGUAUGUAGAAGAAUUCUUAGGUUAUUUAACGCAUUUUUUCAGGGCAAAUCAACCAAACACAAUCUUUGUUCACUUACGCUCAAAAUGAAAGCGUGGAGACCUUUGCAAAGUCUGAUUUCACACCCAUGUUCGUGGAAGAUAUCACGUGGUAUAACAACAGUGUGAGGGAAUUGGCUGAGGCCCAGUGCGGAAAUGAUAUUGAGUGCCUGUUUGAUGCUGCAGCUACGAAUGACGUGUCCAUUGGAAUAGUAACCAAAGACAUAAAUAUUCAGUUAGUGAACGAGUCAAAUACUCUUGGUAAGUUAUUGAAAAUGUGAAAGAACAACGACAACAACCCUAACAUAAACUUUAUCAUAAACUUUAUUUAUACUCGAAUUUUAGAGUAGCUAACAAGCUAAUAUCUUCGAGCUGACACUACAUGAAAAUAAUAUAAAAAUAUAUGUCUACAUUAAAUGCAUUAUAAGUAAUAAUAAUAAAAUAAUAUUGAUAAUAAAAACAGAGGCUUAAUAAUAUUAUUAAUAAUAAUAACAGAGGCUUAUAAUAAUAACCAGAGGCUUUCAUCAAGUCUAUUGGCAGCAACCAUAACAGUUUUUCAGGAAAGUCUCUGAAUUAGGAAGUAAGUUUGAUUGGCUGUAGCAUAUUCUAGGAGGGACAAAUAACUUUUCGAGUAAACACUGUCCACUUGUCCACUGUUCCUUUCGUCUACACUUUAACACUCUAUAAGGACAAACUCUCUCGAAUCAGCUGUGUAUUGGUGUUUUCUUUGCUUUUUUUAUUACAAUUGUCUGUUUUUGUUUUGUAAUUUUUUUUUGUGUGUGUGCAUGUGUGUUUCCAGUUAGUAUUUUGACCUUAUAUCUAGAAUACUAUUAUAACUGGUAUCCCGUGUUAUCGUUGUUUUCCCUCAGACAAUUUUCCGCCCAAGAUAGUUAAUGCUCCAAGUGAAAUCAAUGCAACACUUCACGAAACCGUACACCUGAACGUCACAGCCGAAGACAACGACACCAUUAGCUUUCAUAUCAUCAACCGUCCAGCAGGUGCCACUGUCAAGCAAAUUGGAAACGUACUCUAUUUUACUUGGCAUGUUACAUCUUCACAAAAGGUAGCCGGUCAGAGAAAAAUUUCUAUCACUGCUAAAAACUAGCACUUUUUGAUUGGAGUCCUAGACAAAUGCUUACUGUUUGAAGAUCAAUAGAAGACAUAUAAUAUACCUAUUUAAAGAGUGAAUAGAACAUAACUCAAAACAUGGGUUGAACAAGUGUUUCACGGUACGUCAUAUCCUCGUGAGUUGUGUAAAGAAUUUGUCUCAUCCUCCCUAAUUGACCGACUAAUAACACAUUUAAUAAUACUAACACUUUUAACGAAAGAUUGGACGGUAAAUAACACAUUGUAUAAUGCAAAAAAAGAAAACGCAAACUAAGGAAUCAGGGGCGAAGAUGAUAAAUGCGGCAUUCCCCCUCUAAUUUAGAUCCUCCUGUAAAUUAGGAUGCAGACGCGGUAUUAACCAUCUUUAACCCUUGUUUAGUAAUCUAAUCUCUUUUUGUGCAUAUGUUUUAAUUUCGUGUGAGUGGCCACGCAUCUAAACGGACAAAAUGCAUCAAUGAAACAGAAGUGUCUUAAAUAAUAUCGAAGGAGAAAUUUUAAAUGAGGGUUAUUAUUAUGGUUUCCUUAAUUUGCCUUUCAGUUUAAUUUGUCAUUCGUUGCUGCUGAUGAAAAGGUGGCGAGCACGACAUGGAGUCCAACUAUUAAAAUGUGUGCCUGCAAGCACAGUGGACUCUGUGUGGAGCCAGAAGAGGGUGAUACGGCCAACUCAGACAUCAAAUUUAUUUACAUGGGAUGCGCAUGUCAGGGAGGAUACACGGGAAGAUUCUGUGAUAGCGAAAUUGACGCCUGCGAGUUCAAUGGUCAGCCGUGUUACGCAGGCGUAGCGUGCACUGAUCUUCCCCCGCCGGCCAAUGUCAGUGGAUACACGUGUGGACCGUGUCCAACUGGUUACACUGGAAAUGGAGCGCAGUGUGUUGGUGGGUGUAGCAAUUGAAUGAUUAACUAGAUAUCUUUUUAAGUUCGUAAAGUAGUAUCAGUGUCCGACCGUAUCGCGAUUAUCGGAAUAACAAGUUCCAUGAAAAUAAACCAAAAAUAGACAAAACAGGAGAGGAGCAUGUUUCUUGAAAAUUAAAGGUUAGCAUCGAGAAACAGUUUAGUUUUUAACUUAUUAACAUUACUGAACUUUUCCCAGACGUCAAUGAGUGUCAGAGCAUUCAAAACAACAUUUGCGAACAGCAAUGCAUAAACAUACCGGGAUCAUUCUAUUGUGGCUGUCGUGAUGGGUACAACAUUAAUGCUGAUGGCUACAGUUGCGAAGGUGAGUAAUUUAAUUUUUGAACGUGCAAUUAAUAUUGAACCUGUCGAUUCAGAAAUCUUUCAUGUUUCUAACAAAUCCACUGAAUCGAAGUCAGCUGGGCAUCCAGUUCACAAAUGAACUCAAGCAAACAGACAAAAAUGAAGUUACCUGACAAACAGACGAUUCAACUAAAAAUAACGACCGUUAUUAAUAAGAAAAAGACAGAUUUAAACACACCACUUACAUUAAAUGUUUUCAUAUCCAAUAACAUCAGGGCUUUUAAGCCCUAAUGACCAGUAACAACGCGAGUUUAUUGACCAAUCAGGUCAAUAACCACAGUUUAAUACAAUCAACUGACAAGAUACAACUUACAUUACUAUGACUUUGAAGUAGACUACCGCAAAAGUUUUCGAAACGUGAUCAAACACUCAGCAACAGUACUAUUUAGGAUUACACCCACCUGGAAGACUAUAUUUGAUAUACCCCCUUUUACUUAGUUUGUCAUUGAUUAUUCAAUUAUGCACAGAUAUCAAUGAAUGCAAGCCUUUAAUUGCCAACUGCACGCAACAGUGCAUCAAUACUCCAGGAAGCUAUAAUUGUUCAUGCGACCAGUAUUUUACAACAGAUCCAUCUGACUGGACGAACUGCGUAGGUAGGUCUGAUUUAUCUGGCACUUUCUGA